CUUUGCAAACCCGGGAAAACGAAGGAGGAGAAAGAAGGAGACUCAGGAGGAAGAGCCUGGAGGAAGGAGAAGGAGAAGGAGAAGAAGGUAAACAUGAAAAAAGAAAAGGAAGUGCACUGGGAGAUGGACAGCGAGGAGACGGUGGUCUUGGUCAACGGAAGCUGCGGGGAUCCAUCGGAGGACAAAGCCAACACUGCUUUAGAGAUCAAAGGGAAGAGGAAAAAACCAGAUGCCAGCGAGGCAGAGCAGCUGUCUUCCAAGACAAAGGAAACGUCUGACCAGAUUCCAGGGAGCCCCAAAAAAUGGCACGAGGUUAACGUGAAAAGGAAAAAAAAGGUUAAAUCUGAGACGGACAGCGAGGAGAAGGUGCUCUUGGUCAACGGAAGCUACGACGAAUCAGCAGAGGAGAAAGCCAACGCCAGUUUGGAUUCCAAAGGGAAGAGGAGGAAGCCAGAAGCUGACGAUGUGGAGCAAUUGUCCCCCAAGAAAGAGGAAGGGCAAGAGAUUCGACCCCGUGGAAGUGCCGGCUGGGAGAACUGCUUGCGCCAGAAGCCCCCUCCCCGCAUUGUCUUCCAGGCAGGACCCACCUCACAGGAGAAAAAGAGCAAAGACGACGUGGAGAGCGUGGAAGCCUUCAAGGAGAGGCACAAAAUCAGGUAUUCCAGAAGGAUCUCUAAAAACGGGCCCAUGAAUUUCUCAGAGGACGACUCCAGCGAGCUGAGCUGUGUCAGCAGCAAUGGGAUCCCCAACGGAAAUCAUUAUCCAGUGGCCCUGAGUGGUUAUAAAGAAUACCAGGACGGGAAACGUUUCCAAAUGGGGGAGCUGGUCUGGGGAAAGAUCCGGGGCUUUGCUUGGUGGCCGGCCAUCAUCGUCUCCUGGAAGGCCACUUCCAACCGGCCGGCGGCUCCUGGCAUGCGGUGGGUCAAAUGGUUCGGCGACGGGAUGUUUUCAGAGGUCUCUGCUGACAAAUUGGUGGGCUUGGUGAAUUUCCAAGACCAUUUCAACUCUUCCACAUUUCGGAAGAUGGCUUCCUACCGACAAGCCAUUCUCCAUGUUUUGGAGGUGGCAAGCAGCCGAUCUGGCAAGACCUUUCCGAGCAACGCAGGGGACUCCAUUGAAGAGAAGCUGAAGCCCAUGGUGGAUUGGGCCCUCAAUGGCUUCAAACCCACCGGGGGCAAAGGACUGAAGCCACCCAAGAUGGCAGAGGAUGUUGAGCAAGAAGAUAGCAGCGUGGAAGAGGUGGUCAUCACUGAACCAGCCCCACCACCAAAGCGGGUCAAGACAGCCGUCUGCAAUGGGAACGGGAAGGAGCAGGCGGAGGAGAACCAAAGCAGAGAGCGGAUGCUUUCUGAAGUCAAGAAUAACAAGAAGAGCCUUGAAGAUAGCUGCCUAUCUUGCGGCAAGAACAACUCGGUGAUUUUCCACCCACUGUUUGAAGGGGGUCUCUGCACAACUUGCCAGGACCGGUUCCUAGAGUAUUUCUACAUGUAUGAUGAAGACGGGUACCAGACCUACUGCAGCAUCUGCUGCGAGGGAACCGAGCUGCUCCUUUGCGACAAUGCCAGCUGUUUCAGGUGCUUCUGCGUGGACUGCUUGAAUACCUUGGUGGGCCGAGGAGCGGCGGAUGCAGCCCGGGAAGAGGAGCCUUGGAGCUGCUUCAUGUGCCAGCCUCAGAAGCAGCACGGCUUGCUGCAGCGGCGGCACGACUGGAACACGCGCCUGAAGGAGUUCUUCACCAAUGAAAGGGGGCAGGAAUAUGAGGCACCCAAAAUCUACCCUGCCAUCCCAGCAGCCAAGCGGCGGCCAAUUAGAGUCCUUUCUCUCUUUGAUGGUAUCGCUACAGGCUAUUUGGUACUGCGGGAACUGGGCAUCAAGGUGGAGAAAUACGUCGCCUCAGAGAUCUGUGAAGACUCCAUAGCCGUGGGGACCGUGCGGCAUGAAGGGAACAUCACCUACGUCCACGAUGUCAGGAACAUCACCAAGAGAAACAUCGAUGAAUGGGGUCCGUUUGAUAUGGUGAUCGGUGGAAGCCCUUGCAACGACCUCUCCAUUGUGAAUCCUGCCAGGAAGGGCUUGUAUGAGGGGACUGGGCGCCUUUUCUUUGAAUUCUACCACUUGCUCAACUAUUCGCGCCCCAAACCCGAAGAAGAGCGCCCCUUUUUCUGGCUGUUUGAGAAUGUCGUCGCCAUGAGGGUCAACGACAAGAGGGACAUCUCCCGUUUUCUGGAGUGUAACCCAGUAAUGAUCGACGCCAUAAAGGUCUCCGCUGCACACAGGGCACGGUAUUUCUGGGGCAACCUGCCUGGCAUGAACAGGCCCUUGGUUGCUUCCAAGACGGAUAAACUUGAAUUGCAGGAUUGCCUGGAAUACAGUAGGACAGCCAAGUUGAAAAAGGUCCAGACCAUCACCACCAAGUCCAAUUCGAUCAGGCAAGGCAAAGCCCAGACGCUCCCGGUGCGCAUGAAUGGCAAAGACGACAACUUGUGGUGCACGGAGCUGGAAAGGAUCUUUGGCUUCCCCCUCCAUUACACGGACAUUUCCAACAUGGGCCGUGGAGCUCGCCAGAAGCUGUUGGGCCGGUCCUGGAGCGUGCCGGUCAUCCGCCACCUCUUUGCUCCGCUCAAAGACUAUUUUGCCUGCGACUAGAGAGCCAGGCUCUCCGUGUGGCCUCCUUCAAACAUCCGCGGGAAGGAAGUAAGGACCAGGAUGGACCAGAGACGAGUGCUACCUUCCUCUGUGUGCCAUUUGCACCGUGACAUAUUUCUCUCCGAUAAGAAACUAAAGAGAUCUCCACAAACAUUUCCUUUUACCCGGGAUCCAAAAAGACCUCCGUUCAUCCAUUGUGCAAAAUACUUCUCCAUCUCGGAAAACAAUUUUUCAGGGUUUGGCUGGGAAAGCCAACACAUUAGAACAGGGGAAAAGAAAAAUCUUUCAAGGAAAAGUCACCAAGGAACUCUUAACGAAGUAGCAAUGCAUCAAACAUCUUGUGUUUCAUACCUUGUACACGCUAGAAAAACCAAAAGGCUAAAGGGGAAAAUGGGACUAAGUACUGAGCGAGAAUGUGGAAAUUCCUGGAAAGGAAUUGAACCAAAGCACAACUAAGCAAUAAUACAUCAUGCGAAAAUGGAAGAGAAAGGAAUAGAAAACCAAAAAUCCUCUAUUGGGAGGUACCUUUUAAAAGUACAGUAAUCUUGUAAGAAAUGCUUUUAACACAGUCAUUUUAGGAAUGUGUUACAAAGGAGAAAUUUCACCUACAUUUAGAUUUCUCUUGCAUAUCGGAGAAGGAGCUGUUGAUGAAGAAUUUCCUUGAGAAUUUCGGCAUUUCAGAGAGACAUAGGUGGAAUGAUCCUUGAGUGAGUUUUGCAAUCUCAGCCUCUGAAGGGCAACUUUUAUUUGCCAAAGAAUGGCAAGGAAACCCGUUUUUAUCCUACUUUUAAAUUCUACAAUUACUUCAACUGGAAAACUGUCUUUAACUUGGGGAAAAAUAACGUGUCUUGCUGUCUGUUAUUGUGUGCCUUCGCCCGGAACGGGCUUCCGAUGGAGGGAUGUCGGGUCUGGUCCCGACGGAUGCUGCUAUUUUCAUCAUGAACGUUAAGCUUGUUUCUUUUUCCAAAUGGACAUUACCUGUACUGCUGUUUUUAAUAUAUAUAUAUAUAUACACAAAAUAAUCAGUCUUAUCCUGCAACGGAGACCCUCUUCAAGGGGACAAAUCAAACCCUUGGGUUUUUUGUAGAUUUUGAUGGGCAGGUAUUUGCCCAGGUAAUUUAAGCAUCAUUCUCCUUCCGCCAAUAAUUGCACUGAGGCAACAUUUGCUGCACCUCUUUGUGUUGAUUGCAACACAAAAGAUCUCUGGGGUAUAGCACUACUCUUUAUGUAGGGUGUUGUUUGGGAGUAAUCAUUGAGAAAAGUAAUUCAACAAACCUUUGCUUCCUGUGCUGCAAAGGAUUUUUCAAAAUCCACUGUUGUAUUGGCUGGAAGUUUUGGGAUUAUGAUCCUCACGUGUCUUUUUGGAGACCACUACUUUGGGUCAUUGUUUAACAGGGCUUUGGGUUUUAAUGCGGGUUUUGGAGGUACUCUCCAAUGUGCUGAAUAAACAUCUCUAAAUGGGGUUGUUGCCUUGAAGAGUGGCAGAUUUUGGCUAACAUUUGGGGAUCGAUCCCCUGCCCAAGGAUUCCCUGCAAAACAGGUCAGGUCUCCAAAGCGAUGCUUAGUGCUGAUCGAACAAACACCAAAAUGUAUAUUUAUCUGGAAAUGUACGUGGACAGGAUACUGUCUUGCUGUAGAGAGUUCAGCUUGGCCCCAAAUUGCAUGGAAUCGACUCCUAGCAGAAGCUUUUCCCAA